AUCAAUUUGUUGAAAUUACCAAGUGAUUUCUGAUUUCCUAAAUAAUAUAUUUCAAUAAUUUAUUAACAAAAUGUUCAAGCAACGCAAAAUGAAAUCCCAUAAAAAAAUGUCAAAAAAUCAUUACAGUGAAAUAGAAAUAGAAUCUAAUAACCUAUCCUCAUCAACUUCAAACGUCAAUAGCACUACGAAGACAAAAUGUAUGUUCCCAACCAUUUCAUCAAACAUAAAUUACAAACCAUCUAUAAUGGUUGAACAGCCACAAUUUAUCAUAAAGACGCCUAAAAAUGCAGCAAUACAUUUUGGAAAUUUUUAUGGUCUUUUGAAUGAUGUAGAAAAAGUAUAUUGCAAUAAUUAUUGCGAUAAUCAUCUUAUAAAAGAAAAAACAGCGAUGAUUAAAAGACCACACCGGUUAGAGUUUACUAGACAAAUGGUACAUAGAUUGGAAAAAGCAACUAACAUGGAAGAUUACACGCGACAAGUGUCGGUUCUUUUAAAGAAGACAGUAGAGCCACCCAACUUUAGAUUGAAUCAACUUCUAUCUAAAAAUUCAAUUCCUAACGGAACUCAAAGUUCUUCGGAUUAUCCACUCUGGUACAAGGAGCCUCAUAAACUAUCAUUAGUGUUCUCAAAUCCUAUCGCUAAACUUAAAACAUAAUAUUUGAAGAACCUGUUUCUCAAUUAAGGAUAUUUAUUAAUAUAGAAAGAUUUAUAAUAGCUGUAAUUAAAAAAUAUCAGCACAAAUGAAAUCAUAUUAUUUUUUAUGGAAUCGUUUAAAAUUUCUACG